AACCUACACCUUCUUUCUCUCUAUUCUCUCUCUCUACCUACCGACUUUGAUCUUCAUAUUGAAUCAAGAAUCUUUCAAAGAAAUCUAAGAUCAUUACGCAUAUUGAGAAGAUAUGUAAAGUAUAUUAAAUUGUUAUGUGUUUAUAUGGAUCCCAUGAACAACAGUCCUUCAUUUUUAAAGCUAAUUGAGGAAGAUGACCUGAUAUUUUUGCAAAUACCUAAUGACUUUGCUUCAAUCAUUUGGGGAGACCAACCACCUUACAAAGAUUCAAUGGCUUCACCAAAGUUGUUCGGGACAGUUGUAUAAGAAAAAAAGGACUACCUUAUGUUUCAGUCAUUGGGUCCAUCAUCAUUCUUUCUAAUGGUGUUUAAAUCAUUUGUUCAUCAAAGCUGUUUUAUAUCCCAAAUCACACCUGACGAAGACGUUAUUGUCAUGGCUGAUGAAUUUUGGAGGCAAUUUUAUGGGAAAAAUUUCAAAGGUGGUCAAUCAACUCUUUGUUUAGGAGAUAGAUUUUGGAACGUUAAGAUGGACGGAUUAACUGACAGCUGUGUUUUUACUCAUGGAUGUUCUGAGAUGGUAAAUGAUCUUUCCUUAGACAGGCGAUCUACCUUUGUCUUUUCAAUGGUUGGAAAUAAAGUUUUCGAGCUUUUAGUGUUUAAUCAUCAAACCGGUACUCAAAUUCAGAACAACAGUGUUGAGUUAGUUGUUUUGGAUGACUCGAUCUAUGGUGAUGAUGGUGAUGAUCUGGAAAUUGCGUCCGAACAUAAGGAGAAGUGUAGUACUGGCGUAACUGACUUUCAGGAAGGUGUUGUUGUGAAAUGUGAAGACGACAAAUUUCAGUUGGCAACUUUUGAGUCUGUGUUCAAUGUUGAUCCUAAAGGAAAAACAAAUGUUUUUGUUGAAGACCGGAGUCUGUCCUCCAUUGUUGUUUCUGAUGCCAUGCCGAAAUGUAAAGUUGAUGUUGGUCAAUUUGUCGUACCGAAAAAGAAGAAGGCCAUGCGGAAAUCUAAAGUUGUUAUGUUGGUGUCCGACGAGUCUCAUAUCGCUCAUCGUACACGUUCAAAGUUUACAAAGAAAAAUGAAUCCGUGGUUGUUGAUAGUAUGACGCCUGCUGAAACCACGUCUGUUAGAUCCAUCACACACACUUCCGAUGUUGUUAGCCAUUAACGUUUUACAAGCAAAAGGUCAUGGUUGAUGAAUUUAGGAGGCAAUUUUACAGCAAAAAUUUCAAAGGAGUCUGAAUUUUCCUCGAAGAAUAAGAGGUGAGUAUAAUUUUGUCGUUGUUUUUGUGUUUUUUGAUUCGGUGUAAUUUUAGGUUUCAUUUUUUAUGCUGUUGUGUAUAAUUU